GAUGCGGUGAAUUGGUUGGGAUACACGUACCUGUACAUCCGGAUGCUCCGCUCUCCGACGCUUUACGGAAUUUCCCACGAGGAUCUGAAAUCGGAUCCGCUCCUGGAGCAGCGACGCCUCGACCUCGUCCACACCGCGGCGCUGAUGCUCGAUAAGAACAACCUGGUGAAGUACGACAAGAAAACCGGGAAUUUCCAGGUGACGGAGCUGGGCCGCAUCGCCAGCCAUUAUUACAUCACCAACGAGACGGUGCAGACGUACAACCAACUCCUGAAACCCACGCUGAGCGAGAUCGAGCUGUUCCGCGUCUUCUCCCUGUCCUCGGAAUUCCGCAACAUCACCGUGCGCGAGGAAGAGAAGCUGGAGCUGCAGAAACUUCUGGAACGCGUUCCGAUCCCGGUGAAGGAGAGCAUCGAGGAGCCCAGCGCCAAGAUCAACGUCCUGCUCCAGGCGUUCAUCUCGCAGCUGAAGCUGGAGGGAUUCGCGCUCAUGGCCGACAUGGUCUACGUCACCCAGUCGGCCGGGCGCUUGAUGCGAGCGAUCUUCGAGAUCGUCCUGAACCGCGGCUGGGCCCAGCUCACCGACAAAACCCUCAACCUCUGCAAGAUGAUCGACAAGCGCAUGUGGCAGUCCAUGUGUCCCCUGCGCCAGUUCAAGAAGCUGCCCGAGGAGGUGGUGAAGAAAAUCGAGAAGAAGAAUUUCCCCUUCGAGCGACUCUACGACCUCAACCACAACGAGAUCGGGGAGCUGAUCCGGAUGCCGAAAAUGGGGAAAACCAUCCAUAAAUACGUUCACCUGUUCCCGAAGCUGGAGCUGUCGGUUCACCUGCAGCCCAUCACCCGCUCCACGCUCAAGGUGGAGCUCACCAUCGCUCCCGACUUCCAGUGGGACGAGAAGCCGCUUCCGGUGUCGGCUCUUCGGAACAGCUCCUUCGAGAGCCUCUACCAGGACAAAUUCCCCUUCUUCAACCCCAUCCAGACUCAAGCCUGCGAGACCCAACUUCCCGUGUCAUUCCGACACCUGAUCCUUCCGGAAAAAUAUCCUCCUCCCACGGAGCUGCUGGAUCUGCAGCCGCUUCCGGUGUCGGCUCUUCGGAACAGCUCCUUCGAGAGCCUCUACCAGGACAAAUUCCCCUUCUUCAACCCCAUCCAGACUCAAGUGUUCAACACGGUGUACAACAGCGACGACAACGUUUUCGUGGGAGCGCCCACGGGCAGCGGGAAAACGAUCUGCGCGGAAUUCGCCAUCCUCCGGAUGCUCCUCCAGAAUUCCGAGGGUCGCUGCGUCUACAUCACCCCCAUGGAAGCUCUGGCCGAGCAGGUUUUCAUGGAUUGGUACGAGAAAUUCCAGGAACGGCUGAACAAGAAGGUGGUGCUCCUCACCGGAGAGACCAGCACGGACCUGAAGCUGCUGGGAAAAGGGAACAUCAUCAUCAGCACCCCGGAAAAGUGGGAUAUCCUUUCCCGCCGCUGGAAACAACGGAAGAACGUCCAGAACGUCAACCUGUUCAUCGUGGAUGAAGUGCACCUGAUCGGGGGCGAGAACGGGCCGGUGCUGGAGGUGAUCUGCUCGCGCAUGCGCUACAUCUCGUCGCAGAUCGAGCGGCCGAUCCGCAUCGUGGCGCUGAGCUCGUCGCUGUCCAACGCCAAGGACGUGGCGCAUUGGCUGGGCUGCAGCGCCACCGCCACCUUCAACUUCCACCCCAACGUGCGCCCCGUGCCCCUGGAGCUGCACAUCCAGGGUUUCAACAUCAGCCACACGCAGACGCGGCUGCUGUCCAUGGCCAAGCCCGUUUACCACGCCGUGAUGAAGCACUCGCCCAAAAAACCCGUCCUGGUCUUCGUCCCCUCCCGGAAACAGACGCGGCUCACGGCCAUCAACAUCCUCACCACCUGCGCCUCCGACGUCCAGCGGCACAGGUUCCUGCACUGCGCCGAGAAGGACCUGGUGCCGUACCUGGAGAAGCUGAGCGACCCCACCCUGAAGGAGACGCUGGUGAACGGCGUCGGGUACCUGCACGAGGGGCUGACGGCCAUGGAGCGACGCGUGGUGGAGCAGCUCUUCAGCUCCGGAGCCGUGCAGGUGAUGGUGGCCUCGCGCAGCCUCUGCUGGGGCAUGAACAUCUCGGCCCACCUGGUGAUCAUCAUGGACACGCAGUACUACAACGGCAAAAUCCACGCGUACGUGGAUUACCCCAUCUACGACGUGCUGCAGAUGGUCGGCCACGCCAACCGCCCGCUGCAGGACGACGAGGGCCGCUGCGUCAUCAUGUGCCAGGGCUCCAAGAAGGAUUUCUUCAAGAAGUUCCUGUACGAGCCGCUGCCGGUGGAGUCGCACCUGGACCACUGCAUGCACGACCACUUCAACGCCGAGAUCGUCACCAAGACCAUCGAGAACAAGCAGGACGCCGUGGACUACCUGACCUGGACCUUCCUGUACCGCAGGAUGACCCAGAACCCCAACUACUACAACCUGCAAGGCGUGUCCCACCGUCACCUGUCGGAUCACCUGUCGGAGCUGGUGGAGCAGACCCUCAGUGACCUGGAGCAGUCCAAGUGCAUCAGCAUCGAGGACGAGAUGGACGUGGCCCCGCUCAACCUGGGCAUGAUCGCCGCCUACUACUACAUCAACUACACCACCAUAGAACUGUUCAGCAUGUCCCUCAACGCCAAGACCAAGGUGCGGGGGCUGCUGGAGAUCAUCUCCAACGCCGCCGAGUACGAGAACAUCCCCAUCCGGCACCACGAGGACAACCUGCUGCGACAGCUGUCCCAGAAGGUGCCCCACAAACUGACCAACCCCAAAUUCAACGACCCCCACGUCAAGACCAACCUGCUGCUCCAGGCCCACCUGUCCCGCAUGCAGCUGAGCGCGGAGCUACAGUCGGACACCGAGGAGAUCCUCAGCAAGGCGAUCCGGCUGAUCCAGGCGUGUGUGGACGUGCUGUCCAGCAAUGGGUGGCUGAGCCCGGCGCUGGCCGCCAUGGAGCUGGCCCAGAUGGUCACUCAGGCCAUGUGGUCCAAGGACUCGUACCUGAAACAGCUGCCCCACUUCACCUCCGAGCACAUCAAACGCUGCACGGACAAGGGCGUGGAGAGCGUGUUUGACAUCAUGGAGAUGGAGGACGAGGAGCGCACGGCGCUGCUGCAGCUGCCCGAGGCGCAGAUCGCCGACGUGGCGCGGUUCUGCAACCGCUACCCCAACAUCGAACUGUCCUACGAGGUGGGGGACAGGGACAGCAUCCGCAGUGGUGGCCCCGUGGUGGUGCUGGAAUCGGGGAUGGGAUCAGGAUGGGAUCUGACAGGCCCAAUGAUGUCCCCAGUGUACCCACAGAAGCGCGAGGAGGGCUGGUGGGUGGUGAUCGGGGACUCCAAGUCCAACAGCCUCAUCUCCAUCAAGCGCCUGACGCUGCAGCAGAAGGCCAAGGUGAAGCUGGAUUUCGUGGCGCCGGCGCCGGGCGCGCAGCACUACACCCUUUACUUCAUGAGCGACGCCUACAUGGGCUGUGACCAGGAGUACAAAUUCAGCGUGGACGUCAAGGAGGCCGAGAGCGACUCCGACUCCGACUGACACCCAAAUCCCGCGGAAUAACCCCAAAAAAACCCCGCAGAACCCCAAAAAACCCCACAGAAUCCCAAAAAACCCCACAGAAUCCCAAAAA